AUGGAUUCUAGACUUCGUGCGAGUCCCGAACAAUUUAGUUUGCUAAUAGAAUUUAUGGAAAGCCAUGGUGAUCUUUCAAGGUCACAAGUUGGACUUCAAGGAAGGGUAAGGAGUGAACGCCUGUGGCAAGAGUUAGGUGACAUUUUAAACUCAGUGGGUAGAUGUGGUGUUAAUAAAACUUCCGACAAAUGGAAAAGGGUAUGGUCUGACUGGAAAACCAAAACAAAAAAGAAAGCCUCCCUUAUAAAUCGGGACAUUCAUGGCACUGGUGGUGGGUCUGGUAGGGGAAAACCAUUAAGUCGACUUGAGGAAAGGGUGUUACGUGUAAUUGGGGUCACCGCAAUUACUGGAAGUCAAGCCAUACAAGAAGCAGGCUUUCAAGAACCAUCUCAACCCCAAGUGAGCAAUACAGCUGAUACAGCAGGGAGGAUGUCAUCACCAGCAGAAAUUGAGCUCUUAGCAUUACCAUCAGCUGCAGAAGAUACACCCAUAGCAGUGCCAGCAAAUGUGACAUCUCCACCAGCACAUCCUGUCAGUCCUGUGCCAGGACCUUCAAAUAGUAGAACUAUACAAGGAGAAAGGUCGCCGGUAUCUGCCGGCCCUUCUACACCUCGUCAUCGCCAUCUCAGACAGCGAAGACUGCGACAAACACCAUUUGACCGAGCCACCAGCGAGUUUGUAGCAAUAGAGGAGAAUCGGUUGCGUUUUGAAAGGGAGAGGGAUGUGCGUCAACACGAGCUUGAAACUGAACGACUCAAAAUAGAAGCACAACGUCUGCAACUUGAUAGAGAGCGCGUUCGGGUUGAAGAAGUCCGCACCCAUGUAGAGGCAGACCUACGUGACUACAUCCAAGAAUUAAAUUUAAAAAUAACACUCUUAUGUCACUAUUGGAGACUCGUGAUUUGA